AAAUCGAAAUCAGUUAUUGUGGAGACAGGCGACUUGCGACAGUUUAAAGUCAUGCAAGGCGCAGGUUGUUCACAGCAAGAAGUUGGUUUUAAUUAAUCAAAUCGUAUAUUUUUUAAGGUAGAUUUUACAAGUUUCGAACGGUCAAUUAUUUAUUAAAUAAUUGUUCACGGCUGACUAAAUUAAAGUGGUGCUGCUUACAUAAGUGGUUUCGGUUCUACGAAUUUGCAAUAAAUUUGGAGUUUAUGCUUCAUGAAUAUGUCGACCGCUAAAAAAGGAGUUGGGAUUUCCGAAGAAUUCAGAGCACGCUAUUCAUUGGUGACGCUGUGAAACGUGGAAACGAUUGUGAUCAAAUCAAGAAGUAGACUUAUCGCGUGGAUGGUUCGAAUUUAGUCUGUUAUUAGUUUUCGCAUUCUUAAAAUCGGAAUCCGUUUGUGACUCCGAAAAAAAACGUAGUCUGACAGCGAGUUUUUUUUUCGAAAAAGAAAUAAGAAAUCAACAUGAUUCGAUUACGUUUAUCGUCAUCACCUGUUGGAGUAAUUGCUCUAGUCACUGGUAUUAGUAUCGUAACUCUGCUAAUAUUUUUAAAGCCGGUUAAUUCUUGCCAUCGGAAAGUUGAGUAUCAUCACUACUAUAAAAAACAGCCCCACAAAGGUUGGGGAUGGGGCUGGCAACAGGGUCACAAAGGUGGAGGGCACGGAGGUGGACAUGGCCACAAAGGAGGAGGCUACGGACAUGAAAAGGGGGGUGGAUAUGAGAUGAAGGGGUACGGUCAUGGUGGAGGAGGUCACAAGGGUGGUGGGUACGGACAUGAAAAAGGAGGUCAUAAAGGGGGUGGCUACGAAAUGAAGGGUUACGGUCAUGGAGGAGGAGGUCAUAAGGGUGGUGGGUACGAGAUGAAGGGAUACGGUCAUGGUGGGGGAGGCCACAAGGGUGGGGGUUACGGCCAUGAAGGGGGAGGUCAUAAGGGCGGCGGAUACGGUCAUAGUGGGGGUCACAAAGGUGGUGGUGGAUACGGCCAUGAUACAGGGGGAGGCUAUGAAUCAUCGCCUGCCCUUAAAGGAAUGAAGUACAAACACGCUUUCUACGAGAUGACCAGUUACGGUAACAAAAAGGGCAAUAAUAAUGGCUAUCCUGGUGGAGAAAAUGAAUCAGGACACGCUGAAUACAAUGAUCCCCAGAAUCAAGAAGAGUACGGCUACUCGGGACCUUAUCCAAACACUGAAUACUCAAAUUACGUUCCCGUCGCAUCCACUAAUCGCGACCACAAAAAUAAAGAUCAUAAUAACAAUAAUAACGUUGCUGCCUCUUCUCUUGGCGUCGACGACGUUGCCAAUUACAUUCGAAACUCUAAACGACCACAACAAAGUGAAGACACGUAUUUAGCAACGCCAAUUUUACUUGACGCACUUCCACUCUCAUCCGACGACACGCAGUCGAAACCGUCCGAUGAGAAGAAAUUCUCCGACGAUGGAAAUUUCGAUUUGAAUCUAGAUUUUAAUGGGUACGUUCCAGAUCCGUUUAGAAGAAAUGAUAAAUCGGCGAAACGCAGCAAUAAAUUGAGCAGUUCAUUUAAAGCGCCGACGACGACAGCAACGGCGACGAGUGAUCUUGGGUUCGAUUCUUUUAUUGACUCGGGACAAGAUACGGACAAGUAAAUUUUGCUACUUCUGGUUGAAGAUAAAUUUAUUUUUGCAUAAAUAACUAUUUUUAUAAUAAGUAAGAACACUGUAUAUUUUUUA